AGGGGCGUCCAAUCCCGGGCCCCAGGGGGCGGCCGUGCACAUGGGGGAGGUAGCAGCGCGGAGCCGUCCGCGCAGUGUCACAUGCGCGCGCACACACACAGACAGGCACACACGUGUGCCCGGGUAUAUAUAGUUCUCAGUCCUGGGCCCGCCGCUCUGCAGUGGGCGCCGGCUCCCUGGGCUGGGAGGGGGCUGUCGGGGCGGGUGGGAGGGUGGGGGGCCGGGGUGGGGUGGGGCAGGAUGCUGGAUGGCCCGCUAUUCUCCGAGGGGCCCGACAGCCCCCAGGAGCUCCAGGAUGAGGAGUCCGGCAGCUGCCUCUGGGUGCAGAAGUCCAAGCUUUUGGUGAUCGAAGUGAAGACUAUUUCCUGUCAUUAUAGUCGCCGCGCCCCUUCUCAACAGCCCAUGGACUUCCAGGCCAGCCACUGGGCUCGCGGGCCCCAGAGCCGCACGUGUGGGCCGCGCCCGGGAUCCCCUGAGCCGCCGCCCCGCCGGCCCUGGGCCUCCAGGGUGCUGCAGGAGGCGACCAACUGGCGGGCGGGGUCCCUGGCCGAGGUCCGAGCCCGGGAGCAAGAGAAAAGGAAAGCGGCGUCGCAGGAGCGGGAGGCCAAGGAGACCGAGCGAAAAAGGCGCAAGGCUGGUGGGGCCCGACGGAGCCCCCCGGGUCGGCCCCGCCUAGAGCCCCGCAACGCCCCUCGGGCGGCUCAGCCUGCAAGGCUGCUAGCUCCCUCACUGCCGGAGCGUCCCGGGCCUGCGGGGCGAGCGCCCCGUCCAUCCGCGCAGCCGCAGAGCGACCCAGGGUCAGCGUGGGCGGGGCCCCGGGGAGGUCGGCGGCCGGGGCCCCCCAGCUACGAGGCUCACCUGCUGCUGAGAGGCUCUGCCGGGACCGCCCCGCGACGCCGCUGGGACCGGCCGCCACCCUACGUAGCUCCACCUUCUUACGAAGGCCCUCACAGGACCUUGGGGACUAAGCGAGGCCCCGAGCUCUCCCAGGCGCCCACUUCAUCAACCCCAACUCCAACCCCCGCCAGGACAGAGGGAGGGCGCACAAAGAAGAGGUUGGAUCCUCGGAUCUACCGGGACGUCCUCGGGGCUUGGGGUCUCAGACAGGGGCAGGGUCUCUUGGGGGGAUCCCCAGGCUGUGGAGCGGCCAGAGCAAGGCCAGAUCCCGGCAAGGGGACCGCGGAGAAAAGCCUGGGGCCGGCUGCUGCUGGCCUGAACAGUGGUAGCUACAGCCAUUCCCAAGCCAAAGCUACAGGGAGUCCAGGCACUGUGACAGCUCCACCAGGGUCUGGAACUGCGACUCCCAGCUCCCCGCGUCCCGCUCCCAGGGCCAGGCACCAUCUCAAGGGCACGAGGGAAGGGAAAGAAGGAAGAGAACCGAUCUGGUUCCCCAAAUGCUGGAUUUCUUCCCCUAAAAAGCAGCCGCCCAGGCAUAGCCAGACACUCCCCAGACCUUGGGCUCCAGGAGGCACGGGAUGGAGAGAGUCCCUGGGUCACAGGGAGGGUGCAGGACCCGAGUCCCUGAAGGGUUGGAAGGCGACCCGCCGCGCCCACACCUUGCCCCGCAGUUCCCGGGGGCUGGCUCGUGGAGAAGGCGUCUUUGUCAUUGACGCCACGUGCGUGGUGAUACGAUCCCAGUAUGUUCCGACACCCCAAACCCAGCAGGUGCAGCUUUUGCCCUCUGGAGUGCCGCGUGUUGUGGGAGAUGCCCCCAGCCAACCGAAGGCCGGUAAGGAGGAGGGCGAGGGGGCCGCGGUCUUUUCCUCCCUUUGCCCAAAGCUGCUGUUGAACAGUCGCCUUUUACACCAGCCCGGUGGGGGGCGCGGGUGCGAAGCAGAGGGCGGGAAGCCGGCGGAUUCCUCACUGGAGGAGCGCGCCUCCCGUAUCUUGGGGCUCCCAGUCGGUGAAGUAAGCCUGCGGGACGCCCCCACGCAGCCAGGUAGCCCAGAGUACCAAGCGUUAGGCCCAGCAGCUUUGGGAGGCGCGGGCAGAGCGGAGGGCUCGGAAGUGGCGGCGGUCCAGUGGCGCGCUGGCCGGGGCUGGGCGCGGAAUCCAGGGCCCUACGCCGGGGCCCUGCGGGAAGCCGUGUCCCGCAUCCGCCGCCACACCGCCCCGGACUCAGACACCGACGAAGCUGAGGAGCUCAGCGUCCAUAGCAGCUCCUAUGAUGGAAGCGACACAGAAGCUCCGGGCGCCUCCUGGCGGAAUGAGAGGACCCUGCCCGGGCUUGGGAGCAGCCAGCCCCAGGAAGGCCUCCUGGUAUGUAAAAUGGUGGGGCUGUAAGGUCUAUCCUUCCACCCCUGACGUUUUGGGAUCUUUGGAGAGGACUCUGUCUCAUCCUCCCCUCAACAAGCCAAGAAGGAGAGUAGGGAAUAAGUGAACAGAGUCUGAGGGCCCCUGGCUGGCCUCCUUGUCACCUGCACUCAUCCUCAAUUUAGCAGACUGUCCAGGGUUUGCAGAAGAGCUGAGUAAGUGAGCAAGGUGCUCUUGUCCUAGUCUCCCCAGUUCCGGUGAGGGCUCCCCAAGGCAGGGCAGGAUAGUGGCCCUGUCACUUACCCUGGCCUGUGGUGGUCUGAGCUGGGGAGGGAAAGCAGCCAAUGAAUCAGCUUGGAACCGUCUUUAGGCCUUCCCUUUUUCCUGCUCCCCAGUGUUCCUUAGUGAUGUUCUGAGGCAUUACCACGAUUUCCCUCCCAGUGGUAUCGCCCACCUGCAAGAAACCUGGGAAUUUCUUUCUCCCAUCUCUGCCUCUUCCAGAAACCCGCUAGGCAAGGAAGGAGGCUGGUCCCAGGAAGCCUGUGGACGUGGGGUGUGAUACUCGCUGUAGCCACUACGGGGCGCGCGCAGGCCGCAGAUUUCCCCAGUUGCGAGUCCUUCUAUCCCGGCACUGCCAGUUAAUACGAUCCCCUAGUUGCCGCGCGCCAGUCCCCCGCCUUGCCGCCUCCAUCCUGCGGAGCCGGGAGCAGGCCUCCGGCCUCCCAGACCUUUGGAGCGCGCCGAGCCCCACUUUGUACCCAUCCACGCCAAGCGGCUUGUGACUCAAGACACUGAAGUCUUUUUUCUCUCUGAUCCUGGACACCUCUGUCUCUGCCAUGUAAUAGCCAUGUGAACUUGGCCAAAUCACUUCACCUCCCUGAGCCUCAGUUUCCUCAUCUGUCAAAUGGGGGUUUAUAAACACCUACCUCGCAGGGUUGUUGUGAGGAUUUAAUGCGAUAAUGUAUGUAAAGCGCCUUGCACAGUGCCUGGCACACAGUAGGCGCUCAAUAAAUCUAAGCUUCCCUUUA